UUACCACAGUAGCUCCACGCAAGGGGUGGGGGGCAGUGGAGGGAGAAGUCGGCACUGUGCAAUACAGUAAAUAAGAUUAAAGUACUGAGCCUCGAAAUAGUAGUAGCAGACUGUUUCGUGCAGACGUUGCCUCAUGUGCUCAGGCUUGAAAACUCGUGGAGAGACCGUCUAAAUUGGAGCUACACUCUACAGUCAGAGCGACAGCUAGCUAGCUACUAUUUUCUUUCUGAAGAUUGUGCUGGACAUCUCUCCCUUGCAUGCAUGUGUCUAAGGGAGGGAGGGAAGCGUGAUUGAGGAUGAUUUGAAUUGCCCUGCUCCCUUGUUGAAAUAUUUUACAGUGUAUAAGAUAAGUUUACAUUUUACCGGGCAAACAAGACAACUCUUGUGCCAUGGAGAGCCAAGCAACCGAACCGCAGAAUUACGAGGACGUUCGGAAGAGCGGCUACCUACGAAAACAGAAAUCCAUGCACCGGCGAUACUUUGUGCUCCGGACGGCCUCAGAACGGGGCCCGGCCCGGCUCGAGUACUAUGAGAGCGAGAAGAAAUUCCGUGGAAAGGCACCCAUUCCUAAAAAAGCCCUGGUACUUGAAACGUGCUUCAACAUCAACAAACGGGCUGAUUCGAAAAAUAAGCACAUGAUAGUGCUGUACACGCGGGCGGAGAGCUUUGCCGUUGCUGCAGAGAACGACACUGAUCAGGACGAAUGGUACCAGGCCAUGGUGGAUUUGCAGUGCAAAAGUAAGACCCCAACUGACAGCAGCGGUGCGGGGGACUAUGGUGUGCCCAACCCUGGCCCCGCCUUCAAGGAGGUGUGGCAGGUGAAGGUGUGGCCUAAGGGCCUGGGCCAGGCCAAGAAUCUGGUGGGCGUCUACCGGCUGUGCCUGACGGAAAAGACGGUGAACUUUGUCAAGCUCAACUCGGACGCCGCCGCCGUGGUGCUGCAGCUGAUGAACGUGCGGCGCUGCGGACACUCUGAGAACUUCUUCUUCGUGGAGGUGGGCCGCUCGGCCGUCACGGGACCGGGCGAGUUCUGGAUGCAGGUUGAUGACUCUGUGGUGGCCCAGAACAUGCACGAGACUCUUCUAGAAGCCAUGAAGGCCCUGAGUGAGGAGUUCCGCCAGCGCAGCAAGUCCCAGUCCAACUCCGGCCCUGGAGGGGGCGCCACAGCCUCCAACCCCAUUAGCGUCCCGUCUCGCCGGCACCAUCCCAACCCCCCACCGAGCCAGGUGGGCUUCACCCGCAGGCCCAGAACUGAACCCCCCGUAGGGGCGAACGGGACGGGUGGAGGGGGGAAUAGCGCCAACGCCUCCCCCACGCCCCGACACAGCUUCCCCAGGUCUCACUCCACCAGCGACAGCAAGGGGGACGAAGGGCCAGGCAGGGGCACGGCAGCCGGAAGCCCCACUACGAACGGCUCGUGUUCCACCACGCCCAUUCUCAGGUCCAAGUCGGCACGCUCUGCCUCGACGCCGGCCAAGAACCCCCUGGGCCUGAUGCGUUCCAUCUCAACGCCCACACCCUCGCCGGCACCCAGCCUCUCCUCCAGCUCCGGCCACGGCUCCGAGUUUGGAGGGGUGGGGGGAGCCACGGGCGGAGGUGGAGCUGGCGCCUACACCCGCAUCAUCUCGCAGUGCACCUCCGUGUCGGGCUCCCCCAGCGACUAUGGCUCCUCGGAUGAGUACGGCUCCAGCCCGGGCGAGCACUCCCUCCUGGCCCCCUCCCCCGGCCUGCCUGGAGGGUCUGUGGGCAGCCUGGGGGGCCCGUCCCUGGGCGAGGAGACGAACUACAUCCUAAUGGGUCAGCGUGGAGGUGGUGGUGGGGGGAAUGGGAAUGUUGGAGGCCCUACCUCCAGCUCCUUGCCUGGUGCUGGAGCUCCCUCCUCCAGCUCCCAGCCCCAGACCAGAAGGGUGCUCCGCCGGUCCUCUAGCCGGGAAUGUGAGGCCGAACGCAGGCUGCUGAGCAAGCGGGCCUCCCUGCCACCCAUGGCACUGGAGAGGCUGGCCCCGCGACUUCGCAGGGGGGAGGAGGAAGAGCCCGACGAGGACGCCGACGACUACGCCAUCAUGUCUCGGAGCACCAGCCGAGAGUCCUUCACCACCACCUCUUCCUCCUCCACCUCCUCCUCUGCCAGGAAAGAGUCGGGGAUGGCAGCGGGAGGAGGCGCAGGCUACCUCGACGUUGCAGGGGAGAUCAAAGCCGAAGGAGGCGGCGGCGGAAAGAUCAUAGGGGCGGAUAACGGCUACAUGUCCAUGUUGCCAGGGGUUACCGCUCCCCCCGUCUCCCUGUCCCACUCGCUGUCCGUGUCGGACUCGGAGUCCAAGCCCACUGACGACUACAUGGCCAUGACCCCCAACAACAGCGUGUCGCCGCCACAGCAGAUCCGCCCCCCGCCAGGCUCCGACGGCUACAUGAUGAUGUCACCCAACAGCAGCUGCUCCCCUGACCAGCGGGGUGGGCUCGGCGGCGGGGCCUGGAUGGGCAGCGGUAGCGCCGACAGCCGGGUAGGCAGCGACUACAUGAACAUGUCGCCCAUCAGCGCCCGCUCAGCCAAUAGCAGUCCGCCGCCACCGGAGCACCCCUCCCAGAUGGACCAUCAGCCCCCACAGCCGGCGCCCAAGAUGGUCUACUCCUUCUACUCCCUGCCCCGCUCCUACAAACACAUGCCCUCGAGCGGACACUUUGAGGAGGGUCCGGGGCGAGGGAGGAGGCCCAACGGGAGCAGGGGGAUGGGAGGAGGCAGAGCGGCGGGGGGACGCGAAGACCCGUGUUUGGGGGGAGGGGCAGCGGUUGGCCGCCAUUUCUCCCUCUCCUCCUCCUCCUACUCGUCCAGCUCAGCCAGCAGCGAGAGCUUGGGGGAGAGCGACGAGCGUGUGGCCCAGGGGGCAGGCCCCUCUGCUGGGGAAGCCCACUCCAAAAACGAUGGGAACCUCCAGCAGCGGAGGGGAUCCGCAGGGCCCAAGCGGGGCCAGCAAGGGACCGGCCGGACCAGGCCCGUGAGCCUGUUUGUGGACGUGUCCAAAGCCAACACCCUGCCCAGGGUCCGGGAGAACCCCCUUGCCCCGGAGCCCAAGAGCCCUGGCGAAUACGUCAGCAUCGAGUUCAAGGGGGAGAAGAGCCUCCGCGGGGGGGGCGGGCGAGGGAGGGGUCUACGCCACGGCAUGUCCUUGCCCCAUGGCUCCACCCACCAGCGGCCCCUUCACCGCCCCGCCUCCUGCCUGGGGGGGUUCCUCCCUCUGUCCCACAGCCCGUCCACCCCCGUCACGCCUCCUUCUGGCUCCGAGUAUGUCAACAUGGACCUGGGCCCCUCUCCGUCCCCCUCGCCCCUCUCUCUGACCCCCCUGGGCUUUCCUCCGUUCCCCACCCCUCUCACGCCCCCGGCUCUGGCCGCGGUGCCCAAGGCCUGUGACGAGCGCAGCGCUGCCCCCCAGGAGGACGCGUCGAUAGGGGCGGAGGCAGGGCGGGGGAGGGGCAGGCAGACCGUCCCGUCGGAGUCGCCACGGUCCUGUGGGGACUACACUGAGAUGGUCUUCAGCCUGAAUAACAACACCAUCCCCAGCUUGUCCGAUGUCUCUCCCGAAGUCCCCUCCCCCUCCAGGCCCGACACCACGGGACUGACCCUGGGGCUGGACUUCCCUCUGGCCAAACCUGGGCCCAACCCAGACCACGGCGCCAAAGUGAUACGGGCCGACCCCCAGGGCCGCAGGCGUCACUGCUCCGAAACCUUUCUGGCCUCGCCCUCCCUCCCUACCACCUCUGCAUCCUCCUCCUCCACCGCCUCCCUGUUCCCUGAGCAAGCCCAGGCCGUGGCUCGCAGACUGGGCUUCGACAGCAUGCUCUGGGGGCCCGUGGGAGACCCGCCCACGCCGUUUCUCCAUCCCUCGCCGUCCUCCCAACCCGCCGCCCAGGCUUCGUCCAUAGAGCAAGGCCUCAAUUACAUAGACUUGGACUUGGCCAACAAAGAGAGCCCUCAUUCGAGCCUGGACGGCUCCUCCAACAGCCUGGCCGUCCCCUCUCGGCUGUACUCGUCCGUGCUGAGCAGCGGGCCGCUGGCAGGCAUCGUCGGGACGGGGGGCGGCGGCUCCAGCCUCAACACCUACGCCAGCAUCGACUUCUACAAGUCAGAGGAGCUGCGCACGCACCAGAAUGGAAGCAAGGACGGCACAGAAUGCUGAUGUCCGUGCCCUUGGAAUCAUGGGAAAUGGAGUAAUUGCGAUCCCUAUGAGCUCCUCCGCAUCCUUAAGUGACGAGCCAAUUGGAUCGAGGGAGGAGGACGAUUAGACACGCCCCAGAAGCACUUUGAAAUGACAUCUUUAUUUUCCCUCUCACUUUAUUGGUUGUAACAACCAAUAGGGAUGUAUAUGAUAAAGACUUUUGGCUGCUCUUAUCGCAAGACGAGAGAACUUGAAAACCAAUCAGAAAGGAGUACCACGAUUUGACGCCCGACCAGGAGCCAAUCACAUUUUCUCAAACUCUCAAAUUAGAUUCUCAAAUGAUACCCAAUUAUCCAAUCAAUGUACUCGUGACAAAAAUAUAGAGAAUGAUAAUGAAACAUAUACAAGUAUAUGUCUGCUCACUCAAGUGCCUCCUUUAUGUUUUUGAUUGUAGCCAUUUGACAAAGAACUUGGCAUUGAUUAAUGAAAUUGAAGAAGCUUUGGUUUUUGGUGUGCAUUUUUGAAGUAAAACUAUUCCACCAGAUGUUAUCUAAAAAAAGAAAGGACUGGUACUUGCAUAGGCCUACCGUAUUAUUGGUGAUAAAGUUGAGUGGUAGAGAUGAACAUAAGGUUAGUUAGCUAUCAGCUGCAUUGAUUUAGAGAUUUAGCUUUGUUUUUGUCAGUUUAAUGUGAUGUUCUCUUGUUGUUGUUUUUUCAUGAAAGAAAUGUAUCCCCCACAUUUUCCCCCUCACUUGCAUAAAGUUCUCUGCCCACAUCUAUAUAGGUUUCCAACUUGCUCUCAUGAUGAAGUCUGUGUGACAACGGUAUGCUACUUUGGCGCAGGCGAGUAGGGCCUACACAGACAUUUGUGUAAAAUAGGUCAGAUUAGCAUUUUGCUAACAUAGGCUAGGCCAGAUUAGCCAUGUGCUAUAUGUGAUAAUAGGCUAUGCUAGAUUCUCAUUAGAAUUACUGGAAAAAGUGAGGUGUUAUUAGUGUUAGCAUUAUUAAUUGUUAAUUCAGAUUAACAUUGUGCUUGUAUAGGCAAAUCAUCCGCACUGCUAACCACAGCUCAGAGAAAGACCCCUGACAGAUCCCAGCCAAUCCAAUUAGCAGCUGAACCAUUAGCUCCAUAAACUCAAAUAAUUAGCAUGUCCUGAGUUGCUAAUCCUCACUGUGUUGAGUCACUAACGGGCAUGGUUAAUAUACUGUACAGACAGAAAGCCAUAUUAACGUUACUCAACAGUAGCAAAUGCAGCGCUAGCUUUGAGAACGUUCGCAAUAUGUUGUUACAGGGCUCCCAACUUUGUUUAGAUUUUUUUUUCUUUUUUUCUGAUGUUAUACUCUUCUGCUAUGCAUAAGCACUAAAGUGCCUGUCUGCUUGUAUGUGUCUGUCUGACCCUGUCCUCCCUAGCACUAUUAGGGCUAUCCGUGCAGAAUAUAGCUUGUCUAUUUUUCCCCCAUGCGGUUGUACAAAUCUGUAAAGGUACUUAGUUGAGGUUUUGUUAAUGAUGAAUAUGACUCAUGAAAUGACUUGACCAAUGGUCCCGGCUUUAUGGGGUUGGUGCUGUUUGCUUUGCCCCAAAAUGGAGGACUCUUAUCUCUGGGCUCCCAGUGCCAAAACACAAGGAAAGGAAAACUACAGAAAAGACCAGACAACUGAUACUAUUACUACGCUGUGAUUCUUUCAGACAAUACAGGUCUCAAAAAACAAAAACAAAAAAAAGAACAUUGAGUUUUGAUGUCUGGUUCUAAAAGCUGUUGUCACCCUGUCUGCUGUCUUGUAUUUCUUUAGCAGCUUGUUAGGGACUCUUCUUGCCUCAGUCUGUUUCAAUUUUCACACAUUUCGAAAUAGACAUUUACCGUUUGCCAACAUGUCAUGACAUCUUGAUUCAUAAUUACAUGGAGGAAGCCCCUUACCCCCAGAAGGAAAAAUAUCACAUAUUACUACAUUAGCCUCCUAAGGCGAUUUUAUAUGUUCCUGUCUGUCUGCCCGCCAGGGUCGCCUCAUGCACUUUCUCACCCGUGUCACAUGCCUAGGGGGCCAGAGGGAUACAAAGCAGCUUUAUGACAAGCUGAUUGGGAUCUUUGGUCUGACGUAUUACCCUUAAUGGUGGCUCAUGCAGUAGUGGAAACACAGCCCGGUCUUCGGCCUCACUGUGUCGGGUGUGUUCCACUCCGGGUUCAUAGCCUGGCUUGACAUUUAACCUAAGGCAGAAGUGGACACAAACGCCCAAACACACAGUGAAUACCUGUAAUGUGGCCGGAUACUUAGGGAAAAUGUUGCGACAAAAUGAGUCUUCAUCUGUAAAAUCGGUCAUUUGCGUCAAACCAAUUUAUAUAAAUUUAUUUUGCUCAACUUGACUCCCAAAGCAAAGUUUGUUGAUGUCUGCUAUAAGAAGACAUGCAUAGACAGAAAAACAUUCAACAUGAUAUAAAAGCACCUCACAAACAAGGAUCUGUGAGCAAAGUCUCUAUUCAAGUCUACUAAGAAGAAGUGACUAAGAGGCAAGAGUGUUGUCUUUACAUUGGCUAUAAUAGCUACCUUGUUUAUAAAACUUGUGUUAAUAUGAAAAUUGAUGUUGACAAUGACGUAUAAUGAAUGAAGUUUAUUUAGGAGAGAGCUCAGUCUAAACAGGUUCUUAACCAGAAUAGGGAUUGAACAGGAUAUUUAUCCUUGGCAGUACUGAAGUUGUGCUAUUGUUCUCCUCUGCAGUGAUAGUGGGUUUGUGAUGUUUUACAAAGAGGACUGGGUGACACGGCCUUGAUCUGUAGCUUUCUUUCCUUUUGAAAAGGAUAAUCAGCAAUGGAAAAUAGGGAUUUCUAUUAGCCUGUGAUGUAGACAACUUCACCUUUGUUGCUUGAGAAAAAGGAAAAAAAAAAUUGUCAAAGAAACAAAAAAAACAGUUGAACUACAAA